GCAGUGUGUGUUCCUGAAAUGCCUGUCCACAUUUAAACCCGACUGGACGGAUGUAGACUAUAAAACUGACUGCCUGAGACUUUCACAUGAUUUGGAUGCUCACGCCGUGCUGCGUUAAUUAAAGAGGGGGGCAUUUGACUGAUGCCAACAUCCAGAGAGCGUCUGUGCCCAUGCCAGCGUGUGUGGUGAAGUUCGAUUGCGGAUUGCUUCUUAAAUCGAGCUUGAACCCUGAUCAGAUCCGUUCGACACCGUGUCUGUGUUGAUUCUUCUGUUGUGCUUGUACGGAUGCAUUUCUGUCGUCUGUGGCACAUGCCAGGGAUGCAUGCCCACUAAUGACACGAGUUAAGAGGAAGCGUUUAUUAUUAACGUGAUUUUCGCCUGAAGGUUACAGACAAUGAAGUGACGAUACUUGCGAUAUUUCCGUGAACGUCCUAAAGACUUCGGUGGGAUAAUCGCCGAUAAUUGACGAGAACGGUUUUAAGGGUUCGUCAUAUCGUCGGUCCAAAAAGCACAAGAGUUCAAUUCUUUGAACUCCACUUUGGAGCACUGAAACAAACAAUGUCUCCAAUUUGUUCUGGUAACCUCAAAAUGUGCUUCUGAUUUUAUUCGAGCUAAAAUAGGAUUAAUAUGACAGAAUCAACUUGACCUCUUCAAGUUAUUCCAAGUCAUUUUAAGGGUCAGAUCAGGUAGAAUUAGUUCUAAAGUCAAAACUGAACUGGGAACUUGCAGGGACGUGUUGUGGAUGCUGGAAGACCAUCGUGAAGAUGUUAUGUGUACUAUUAUAACUGCACCUGAUGUUUGUUUUUGGAGGGAUUUUUGGAACCCCUUCCUAGCGUUUACACAGCUGAGCAUCUCAACGCACCUGACCAAGGGCGUGAAGUUCCUCAACUCCUCCUAAAGUCUCAGGAUCUGAUUAAUUCAAACAUUUUGGGAGGAAACCCUGAAGCGCCAUGGAUCUUAAGACUGAAUCUGAUGACAACCUAGACUGUGAGCAGCCCGCGCCCAUUGAGGUUUUCGCCAGCAGGUCCACACUGCAUGGCAUCUCGCACAUGUUCAGUUAUGAACGCCAGUGCAUCAAACGAUGCAUCUGGAUCAUAUUUUUCCUGGGUUCGUUUUCGUUCCUGGUGCUUGUGUGUGUGGACCGUAUCAGAUUUUAUUUUCAGUAUCCUCAUGUUACAAAACUGGACGAGGUUUCGGCACCAAUGAUGACGUUUCCGGCCGUUACAUUCUGCAACCUGAACGCUUUCCGCUUUGGACGCGUCAUGCGCAACGACCUGUACCACGCGGGCGAGCUGCUCGCGCUGUUAAACGGCAGAUAUGAGAUCCGGGACACACAUCUGGUGGAGGAGAGCGUUCUGAUGACACUGAAGGAUAAAGCGGACUUCUCCAACUUCAAGCCUCGCCCCUUCAACAUGCGCGAGUUCUAUGACCGGACGGGUCACGACAUUAAAGAAAUGCUGCUGUCGUGCAACUACAGAGGAGUCCAAUGCAGUGCAGAAGACUUCAGUGUGAUUUUCACCCGCUAUGGAAAAUGCUACACUUUCAACUCUGGUCUGGACGGACGGCCGCUGAUGAUCACGAUGAAGGGAGGAAUGGGCAACGGACUGGAAUUAAUGCUGGAUAUCCAACAGGACGAGUACCUGCCCGUGUGGGGAGAGACCGAUGAGACAUCUUUCGAGGCGGGAAUCAAAGUUCAGAUCCACACGCAGGACGAGCCGCCAUUCAUCGAUCAACUGGGGUUUGGAGUGGCUCCGGGCUUCCAAACAUUUGUGUCCUGUCAGGAACAGCGGUUGACGUAUCUUCCUCCGCCGUGGGGCGAUUGCAAGUCUACACCCAUGGACUCAGAUUUCUUCAGCUCAUACAGUAUCACGGCCUGCCGCAUCGAUUGCGAGACGCGUUAUCUGGUGGAAAACUGCAACUGUCGCAUGGUGCACAUGCCCGGAGAUGCUCCGUACUGCACUCCAGAACAGUAUAAGGAAUGUGCUGAUCCAGCUCUAGAUUUUCUGGUGGAGAGAGACAAUGACUACUGCGUGUGCGAGACGCCCUGCAACACAACCCGUUACGGAAAAGAGCUGUCCUUCGUCAAGAUCCCUAGCAAAGCAUCCGCCAAAUACCUCGCCAAGAAGUACAACAAGUCGGAGCAGUACAUCGCAGAUAACAUCAUGGUCCUGGACAUAUUCUUUGAAGCUUUGAACUACGAGACCAUCGAGCAGAAGAAAGCUUAUGAGAUAGCUGGACUUCUGGGUGAUAUUGGUGGACAGAUGGGACUGUUCAUUGGCGCCAGUAUCUUAACAGUCCUGGAGCUCUUCGACUAUCUCUAUGAGGUGAUCAAGUUCAAACUCUGCCGCUGCGCUAAGAAGAAACAUCAGCGGAGCAACAGCAACGAGCGAGGAGCCGUUCUCAGUCUGGACGAUGUGAAACGUCACGCACCCUGUGACAACCUUCGUACCCCGUCAACCUACCCAGCUAACAUGCUACCUCACCAUCCCGGCCAGGGCAACUUCGAAGAUUUUACCUGCUGAAAAACGACCAAAGCAGACCACAUGAUAACCACGACAAUUACAAAAACCUUCCAAGGGAUCUUCAGCAGACCACAAGAACAACAUGGAGCCCGUCUCAAACAAACCCCAGUAUAUUUGAACAAACACGUUACGUGGAAACGUACAAAACUUUUGAUGAUUUUCUGAACACUCAAAGGAAGUACUGCCUCCGAAUCGAAACUCCUAGAAGCCUUGUCAGCGCCGAGCGUUCUCCCAAAGGACCCUGAUGCCUUUUGUGUACAUAGCGGCGAAACUGUCUUAAGAUGAGUGGCUUGUGUAGGUCAGUAGAUAAAUAUAACGCGUAUUCACUGUAUGUAGCCUCAUUAGUCUCCUGAAUUCUGACUGGACCAAUCCAGCCUCUAUGUAUUUUAUGAGAAUGUAAUUUAAUCCCGGACAAGGCAGCCGUUAUUCGCGUCAUCGGGGAAGUUUGGGUCCCAUAUGACAUUGGGUUUAGCUGUGUGGUCGUGCCAUGCGCAUUCCAUCUUGUAAAUGCAUGCUGGUCCUUUGCAUGUUUUUAGUUUAAUUUAGACUUCAUUAUUAUGAUCGCCAAGUUUUCCUUAAUUAUGUACAGUUGGACGAUGGUAAUCAUGUUUGUGUGUGUGUGUGUGUGCAAACAGAUUUUGCUGUCCUUGUAGAAACGUAAUUCCUGAAAAUAUCCCAACAAAAAUGGCAAAUGGUUCACGAAACAAGGUGUUUUAGAGUCGGGUAGUAUUCAAAUCUGGAUUAAUUAGCAUAUUAUGUUAUGUUAAGUUACAAGUCCCUAUAAAGAUACCUCCCAAACGUAUUUGGACACCUAAGCCGCAUUCAAACGUUUCUAAAUAUCAGUGCAUUAUAUAACAAAAUAUCAGCGCAAGUGAUGUUUAUUUUCCAAAGAAACGGUCAUGCAUAUUUUAAAUAUUUAUUUCACCCCAAUUUUGAACGCCCAAUUUCUAACGCCCAAUUCCCAAUUGGUUGCUCUAUGUCCUCGUAGUGGCGUGGUGACUCGCCUCAACCCGUGUGGCGGAGGACGAAUCUCAGUUGCCUCCGCGUCUGAGAACGUCAAUCUGCGCAUCUUAUCAUGUGACUUGUUGAGCGCGUUGCCACGGAGACGUAGCGCGUGUGGAGGCUUCACGCUAUUCUCUGCAACGUAUUCUACGCCCCAUCGAGAGCGAAAACCACAUUAUAGCGGCCACGAGGAGGUUACCCCAUGUGACUCUACCCUCCCUAGCAACCGUGCCAAUUUGGUUGCUAAGGAGACCUGGCUAGAGUCACUCAACACGAACUAGCUAACUCCAGGGGUGGUAGCCAGUGUCUUUUACCUCGUUAGAUGGUAAAAUAUCAACGCUAGAAAUGCCACUAGAGAACUAAAGUGUAAACAGAUUUUUCUUGCGCUAACAUCGGCUGAUAUUGACCGUUGACUAGCUAUUUUUUUCAGCAUCUUGCGCAGGAACGCUACAUUUUUUCUACAUCAACUUUAAAAUAUGCUUCAGUCUGUUAUAUCCAUUGCACUGCGGCAAACAUUUUUAGCGCAAGAACGUGGUCAAUCUAAAUGGCCGCUAACUUAAAACGGUAACUAAAAUGUUUUGCUUAAAAAGUGAUCUUUAUUUCAGAUAUUUUGUAUCUAUUGCAAUGACAUUUAGACAUUUAUAAUGUUAAUUAAGUGUCUAAAUACAUUUGGGUUCACUGUAUGAAUAAAUGAUUGUGUGCGAGUGUCUAUGUGUGAUGCUUUGAAUUUUAUUCUGUUAAUGAAAAGUGAACUGUGUGUGUUGAAAUAAAACGUCAUAUCAAAGCACAAACGAGACCACCGAUAUGUAAAGGUGAGGUUAAAGAAUGAUAAAUAUACUUAUCAGUGUUAUAAUCAUGAUAAUCAGCUGAUUCAUUAUUCUGUUAAUCUUUUUUACUACCAACGUACAUAUUGCCUGAUAGUCCAGUCGGCAUAUUUGCAGGUAAUAAAUAGACUGUUCUAUAUAUCUAUGA